UUAUAAUCCUCUAAAAACCAUGAGACCAGUCCAGCGGGCUACUCGCUGCGUUUCUCGCAGCCUGGCGGCCGCCAGAGCGGCCAGGCCCAGCAGCUCAUCUCUGGAGGUGGGCCGCCCGCUCGCCAAAGCCUUCCAUACGGUUUCCCUCCGACAGUCGCCGCCAUCCCCCGAGGCACUCUUGAAAAACUCAUCAAACCCAGCGCUCUCAUUUCCGUGUCUGGAUGCGCUCGAUGCAAAGUCCGCCUUGCUCUCUGCACGGUCGCUGGAGUCUGGCCCCGAGCCUUCGUACACGACCGGCCACCAUGAACAGUUCCAUUGUGACGAGCCGCUGCUGUUAGAUUGGGGUGGGGUGCUCCCGCAGUUCGAAAUCGCGUACGAGACCUGGGGCCGUUUGAAUGCAGACAGGAGCAAUGCCAUCCUGCUCCAUACGGGACUUUCGGCGUCGAGCCAUGCGCACAGCACCGCCGCCAAUCCGAAGCCGGGCUGGUGGGAAAAGUUCAUCGGACCGGGCUGCCCAGUCGACACCGACAAGUACUUUGUCAUUUGUACGAACGUCAUCGGGGGUUGCUACGGGAGUACGGGGCCCUCGACGAUCGACCCGUCGGAUGGGAAACGGUAUGCCACGCGGUUCCCGAUCCUGACCCUGGACGACAUGGUGCGGGCGCAGUUCCGACUGCUGGACUCGCUGGGGAUCCAGAAGCUGUAUGCCUCCGUUGGGUCCAGCAUGGGCGGCAUGCAGAGUCUCGCGGCGGGGGUUUUGUUCCCGGAGCGCAUCGGGAGGAUCGUCAGCAUCAGCGGCUGUGCCCGCAGCCAUCCGUACAGUAUCGCCAUGCGCCACACACAGCGCCAAGUACUGAUGAUGGACCCGAACUGGGCGCGCGGGUUCUACUACGACUCCAUCCCGCCGCACUCGGGUAUGAAGCUCGCCCGGGAGAUCGCUACGGUCACGUACCGCAGCGGACCAGAGUGGGAGAAACGUUUCGGCCGCAAGCGCGCCGACUCCAGAAAACAACCGGCGCUGUGUCCGGACUUCCUCAUCGAGACCUAUCUCGACCACGCGGGCGAAAAGUUCUGUCUGGAAUACGAUCCGAACAGUUUGCUUUACGUGUCCAAAGCCAUGGACCUUUUCGACCUCGGGAUCGAGCAGCAGACGCAGACGAAGCAGCGCCGCGCCGAGAACGAAGCCAACAUCGCCCGCGGAACCGCAUUCCUGGGUACCAGCGACGCUACCUGUACCCUUACCCUCCCGGCAAAACCCUACGAGGAACAGCCAUCCGUCACGAACUCCCUCCCCGCCCUGGACCAGUCUGUCGCCGACCAGCGCGGUGCAGCUCACGCCGACGAACCCCCGCAAGACCUGGUCGCCGGUCUUUCCCCGCUGAAGGACCACCCCGUCCUAGUCAUGGGCGUCGCUAGUGACAUCCUCUUCCCUGCGUGGCAGCAGCGCGAGAUCGCCGAGUGUCUCCGAGCAGCCGGAAACACAGCCGUCCAACACAUUGAACUAGGCGAGGACUUGUCCCUGUUCGGCCACGAUACCUUCCUACUGGAUCUGAAGCAUAUCGGUGGGGCGGUCGAGAAGUUCCUGCACUGAAAGCGGGAAAAGAAAAGGGAAUAUAAAUCUAUAUUCUUUGCGCGAAGCAUUCCAGGCGUUGAUUUUACCCAAGGAUACCUGAAUAUACUGCUACUCUACUGUUAUGUACAUAAUCAAACUAUACGAUCAACACGACUCUUUUUGAACUGGAGUAUUCUU